UCUACCUUUAAGACAGAUCUACCUAUUAACUAUAAUGUUAAAAUAACAUCAGGGCACAUACAGGUUAAAACUGGGCCCUUGUGUAUUUUUACAUUAACUCAACAUAAACACACAAAUUGUGUUUUAAACAUUUGUAUAAUUUCAGUUACUCUUUAAAAGGCUUUUCACAAUGGCUUUGCAUGUCUGCAUUUCUUUAACAUCAAAAUACUUUUUAAAUAUUUUAUUAUUAAUGAUAAGAUUACAGUGUGUCGGGCGACCAUCAGAAGUCUCAUCAAAAGGCAAUGAAAAGGAGGUUGCACCCUUAAAACCAGUGAUUGGCAGCUUAGCAGAUCCAGUGGCAAAAGAAUCAGUGGAAUGGAAACCAAAGCAGCAGAAACCAAAACCCAGUGGAAAGACAAAAGAACAGGAUUUCUCUAUAAACUCUGAGACAACAAAAAUCAAAGCUCCAAGUUCCACAAGGCAACAGAAAGCAAAACCCAGCGGAAAGAGAGAAGAGCAGGAUUCCUCUACAAAGACAGAGGGGCAUCCUUCCCAAAACUCUGAAACAUCAAAUACCACGCUCAAAGGACACAAUUCCAAGAGCAGCAGAGGGUAUAAUGCUUCUAAAGCUCCGUCCUUCAGAAAUGUAACCACGCAUGGACAUAAACUACCUAAACAGGUCCCCCCUAUUAUGACAGAAAAGCAAGGAGAAUGUGAAGUCCAGUCAGAAAGUGUGCAUGAACUACAUAUCCAGGCCCCUCAAGUAGUGCCGUCUGCAAAUGACCAGGAUCCUCAUGAGACGCAAAGUGAAGAGGAAGAAAAUGAGAGCGCAGAAGGACACGUGCCCCUAGAACUGUUUGCAGAGUUUCUACAGGCUGUGAUGACAAAGAAUUAUCAACUUGCCAAGAAGCUCUGUCAGAUGAUUUUAAUUUAUGAGCCUCAAAACUCAGAGGCCAAGAGCUUCCUGCCUCUCAUUGAAGAAAAAUUACUGAUAGAAACGGAGGAUGAAUCAUAUGAUGAUGAUGAAUCUGAUGAAUUUGACACAUCUGAUGAUGAUGAUGAUGAAGACGACGUUGAGGAUGAUGACGAUGAGUCCUCAGAUAGCUCUGACACAGAUGAAGAGUCCACUGAAAGCACAGACGAUACAUUAUCAUCUUCAUCAUAAAUAAACAAAAGCAAACAAUGUAGUGUGGCGCGUCCUAAGCACGCGCGGUAAUGUUUUGCUAUUAAUAUGUCUUAUGCUUAUAAACAGUGUGUGACGUGUCCAGAAUAUCAUGUAUGCACAGUUAUGUCAAAUACUGACUGGACAUUAAAUUAUAUUCUGCGUGAA